UGUUCUAUGGCAUUCAAUUGUUUUGUCUAAAUGUUUUUCAACGAGCAAAAUAUUAUAUCUCCAUAAAGUCAAAAUUUUUCCAGCUAAUCUGUUUUUAUUGCACAUAAAACCAUUCUAACGAGUAAUGAACACGUAUUGGAUUUGUUCCGAAUUUAUUCGCUAGGAUCAUUGUCAUCACUUUCACUUUUCACGCGUUUUAGUGGUUCUAGUGUGUAUACGAUGCAACAACCUGCAGUCGCCAUGGAUGACACCAUGUCGACUGUAACGAAAAUGACCCGCACGGUUAAGAAACUGGAGGUGCCCAGACCAUUGAAAUCGACGACCAGUUCUGCUCAUAACCGCAACUCUGUAUUAGAUGUCAAAAUAAACUCUGUGGAUGAUCUAAUAGUGUUGACGGAAGCAGUGGCAUAUGAAAUGAUGCAGGGCAACUAUGACCGUGCACUUCAAAGUAAUGUUUCUACUAUGUAUUCUAACUUAAAGCUUUAUGGGGCGCAGCUCGAAGCACUCUACAAAGAUUUCCUUGAUAGAUAUUUUGUUGUGUUCCGCAAUGGUUCGCAGGACGAACGCUUGGACAAGAAAACAAGGCUACAUCUUCUUGAGUUAAUUGAGCUGCGCGCUAAGCAUUGGCAGACUUCAGACUAUAUGAGUCAGUAUUACAGACACCGUGGCACACAUGCAGAGCCACUAUUGGUGCCGACGAUGGAAGGCGCGGGCGGGUCUGUGUCCCCGACGCUGGCUACGCCGCCCGAGCCGCCCGCGCUCCUGCAGCCGGGGGAGGUCAUCAAGCCCUCUGGCAAGUUCCCCAAACCCACCAAGAUCCCCGGCAAGAACUACUCUAAGGACGAGGUUGUUAUUCGAAAUGCUGAUUCUGGAAAAGUGAUGGGUAUCAAGGGCAGGCGGGUGCACAUGAUCGAGGAGCUAAGUGACACGAUCAUAUCGUUUCAGCGAGUGAGCCCUGGUGCUAAGGAGCGACUCGUCCAAAUCACUGGACCCAAUGAGGAAAAUGUGAACCACGCGAAGCAUCUGAUUGGUGACACGAUCCGGCGCAACGCGUCGCCGGUGCGGCUGGAGGGCGCGCUGGAGGCCGGCGCCGCGAACGACGACAACGGCGACGACGCCGACGACGAGCCGCGCGCCAGGGAGAAAUCGCCACACAGUAAUCGAGCUUUACUUCAUAGUUUUUCAACGAACGACGCAGCGUUAGGAGAAUAUAAAUACACUGUGACUUUUGGUCAACAUUCCAUCAAAAUCACGGGGCAGAAUCUGGAUCUCGUCAAGACCGCGAAGCUGGUGCUGGACGAGUACUUCGAGAGCGCGGGCGCGCUGGAGGCGUGGGGCGCGGGCUCGGGCGACUUCUUCACGCUGUCGCAGCGCCCGCAGGCCGCGCUGCUGCUGCGCGCCGACCCCGAGCUCAACGGCGACGCCGACGACGACGUGUUCGCGGCCCCGCCCGGCCCCAACCCCGACCCCAACCCCGCCUCCGCCCAGGACGAGCCAGCGGCCGACGACGCGGUGCCGCGCCGCCCGCGCUUCUCGCGCGCCGCCUCCACCGACAAGAACCAAGCGGUGAUUUGGUGCGCAGGGCCGGGCGCGCGGCAGACGUACUCGUACGAGACGCUGGUGCAGUACGCGGACUCGCCGCUGAGCAAGCUGCCGCCGGCCGGGCUGGCCGCCUUCCCGCCGGAGCUGGCGCGCAAGAGCUGCCUGGAGUUCGACAGCGUCAGCUACCUGAAGAGGGUGCACGCCGCGGCCGGAACCACCGUGGCCGCCGUGGACGCGCCCGACUCUCCUGAGCCCGAGUAACCAGAUCUACACCGGUGCCUAGCAGCUCGCCCAUACCUCACGAUAUAUCGCCAUUUUAUUGUUCACAAUAUUCUAUCUUCACAUUUUUGACUAACCCAUACAUAAUUAUAUACUCAACCAAUGUGGUCGGGAUUCGCAGGUGGCAUUCUUGAAUCCUACUGAUACCAAACCAAUAGGUACUCGAGUCAUAUUUUUAGCUUAUUUGCGGCCCAAGACCCCAUAGUCGAUUCCUUAAGGCUACGCAUCACAGUCAGGCGGCUUGCUUAGAGCCUAGCGAGUUCUAUAAUUUUCGCAACCCGCCGCACAGCGCGCUUGUCGCCUAAUUAGGCGACAAGCGCGCUUAUCGAAGUAAACAAAGUUUGUUUUUUGUCGGCUAUGUCCGCUCAGCGU